AUGAAAAGCCACCUGAAGCCAUUGUUUGUGUGGGCCAGAGUGGAAGACAAAGGUGUCAACAAAGUUCUUGUCGACGGAGGAGCUGCAAUUAACUUGAUGCCCCAGUUUAUGCUGAAGAAACUAGGUAAAACGGAAGUCGACUUGAUUCCUCAUGACAUGGUUCUUUCAGAUUAUGAGGGCAAAACAAGCACCUCCAUGGGCUCUAUGAUGCUCAACAUAACUUUUGGAACGGUAAGCAGAUCCACCUUGUUCAUCGUGGUGCCAUCAAAGGCCAAUUACAACUUGUUGUUGGGUAGAGAAUGGAUCCAUGGAGUAGGAGCAGUGCCCUCCAAUUUGCACCAAAGGAUUUCUAUUUGGAAAGCAGAUGGUGUGGUCGAAAAUGUAUAG